UGUCUGAUGAAUGAAUGAAUAGCAUUUGCCUUAGUGCAUUCAUGUAACAAAUAUUUAUUGAGCAGUUACUUAUGAUCAGUACUGUGGUAUUCACACUUACGUGUCAGUAUAUACCAACACACUCAAGCUCCAAAUUAUGCACUGGUAAGUUAUACACGUGGCAUGUUCACAGGCACACGCAGCAGAGACCGUGUACGUAUCUACAAACACCAGAGCUGGCAAAUGCAGUAAAGUGCAUGCCAGAUGUCUCUGAAAUUUGCAAAGAACCAAGAACCAAAAAUGACAGUUAGCUCCAUAAGCCCUCUAAAAGAAAAGAGAAAAAGUGUAAAAGAACAAAAGAGCAGAAGGAAGUGGCUAUGGGGUUUUUUUCUGUGCACUUGAGCCGGGGGUGGGGAAGAUUUAUAAAAGCAUUCUAUGCUGGGCAGGUUCAUCUAAGCCUGAGUUCCUCAAGGGCUGGUUUUAGGAGCUGUUAGGAAAAUUCACUACCAUGCAUGAGUCGGGGGAUUGCUUUUUAUUCCACUGGAAACUGUUAAUGAGGACGCCAUUAGCGGCCCCUUCUCAAUCUGCCUGAUAGAGACAGCGGGUUCACCUGAGCAAUUCUGGAACCUGAUCACUGCCAGUUAGGGGAGCAUUGUCUGGCUGACAUAAUCAACUUCACGUAACAACAUGGAAGCCAUUGCCAAGUUCGAUUUCAUGGCCUCGGGAGAAGAUGAACUGGGCUUCCACGCUGGCGAUGUUCUGAAGAUCCUAAGUAACCAAGGGGAGUGGUUCAAGGCGGAGCUUGGGAGCCAAGAAGGAUACGUGCCCAAGAAUUUUAUAGAAAUCGAGUUUCCUGAGUGGUUUCACGAAGGCCUCUCACGACACCAGGCAGAGAGCUUGCUGAUGGGCAAGGAGCUCGGUUGCUUCAUCAUCCGGGCCAGCCAGAGCUCCCCCGGGGACUUCUCCAUAUCCGUCAGGCAUGAGGACGACGUUCAGCACUUCAAAGUCAUGAGAGACAACAAGGGUAAUUACUUCCUGUGGACAGAGAAGUUUCCAUCCCUCAACAAGCUGGUGGACUACUACAGAAAGAAUUCCAUCUCCAAACAGAAGCAGAUCUUUCUGAGGGAUAGGACCCGGGAGGAACAGGGUCAGCGGGGCAACAGCCUGGACCGGCGGUCCCAGGGAGGCCAUCCCCUGAGCGGGGCUGUGGGAGAAGAAAUCCGGCCUUUGAUGAACAGGAAGCCGUCGGAUCACCCCCUGCUCCCUCCUUCGCAGUAUCCCCCGGCCCCACUGCCGGCACAGCAGCGGUACCUGCCGCAGCAUCAUUUUAAUCAGGAACGCCGUGGAACCAGCCUGGACAUAAACGAUGGGCCCUGUGGCCUGGGCAUGAGCACCGAAAUGAAUGCCGCCCUCAUGCACCGGAGACACACUGACCCGGUGCAACUCCAAGUGGCCGGGCGGGUGCGAUGGGCCCGGGCGCUGUACGACUUCGAGGCCCUGGAGGACGACGAGUUGGGCUUCCGUUGCGGAGAGGUGGUUGAGGUCCUGGACAGCUCCAACCCCUCCUGGUGGACCGGCCGUCUGCACAACAAGCUGGGCCUCUUCCCUGCCAACUACGUGGCACCCAUGAUCCGAUGAGGCCCUCUGGAGAGGAUGGAGGCUUUUGUCUGAAGCUGCCUGCCUGCAAGGGACGGGGCAAAGAAGAAAAGCUUGGAACUACACACACAUGCAUGUAUAUAUAUAUGCGUGUGUAUAUGUUCAUAUGCACACGCAUAUAUAUGCCCAUGUGUCCACACAUUUUUAAAUAGUAAUUUAUUGGCAAGUUAGUUGCUUACUUAGUCGAUGUGAAAGGAACUCAGGUGGAGAUUUAUAUUCAUAGUUAUUUUUCUACUCCUCUCAGCCGGUGUGCGGAAAGAAGGCAGCGGGGGUGUUGGGAAGCGGGAGGCAGGGAAAAGAAAUCGAAACGCUUCCUGUCCUCAAGUCAGCAUGGCUCCCUCCUCAUCUCAGAAAUGCUUGCUGAGAGGAGCUAAGCAGGUCCGCAUCUGGCGCUGGACGUGGAACAGCAGGGCGGGGCUGGGCUUGGCGGGGCUUGUUCUACUUUACCUGAACGUCCUGCUUCUCCCCCGCCCUAGGGUGGGUGUGCGGGCCCCUGACCUCCUCUCCUGCCAGGGUGGGCACUGCUGGGUGGAGGAUGAAGGCAUAGGUCUGAGCUGGGUGCGUGGAAGGGGUGCAAGGGGAGGGCUGGAGCAGCAGGGUGUCCCAGAGCCUGGGCAAGGCUGGCCCCCCUGGCCAAUGCUCCCUCAAGCGAACAUUCCUCAGCUAAUCCUCUUGCCUGUGGCUGAGGUAAAGAAGUGGAGACACUGUGAGAGCCAAGCACUGUUGGGAAAUGGUGGGGUUUCUUACAAAUCCCUCACUGGCUUUCUUGGGUGUAACCUCCAUUUCCCCCUGCAACCAAGAAAGCAGCGUCUUAGCCUCUGUAAGGCGCUUGGAGAAGACCCAGCUGAAGAUGGCGGACUUUAGAACUACUGUUCCAUGGUUCCCAGGGUGUCUCUUCAGGGCUCGGUUUCUUUCCCCUCUUGGUUUUCUGUAUUUUGAAGAAGCUUUGCCCAGCGGCACAGAGAGACGCCCAUCCCUCAAGAACGUUGUUUAGCGCCUCAUGGACCGAUUGGCCGUGACCCUGGGUGGCAGCGGGCUUUGAGAGAGCUUCCUGCUCCUCCGACUGUGGGCCCGCUGCUGGCACCUCCCGGGCCCACGAGCUGCACCUGGGAAGGAACCCCACUGCUGCUGUUUCUCCUUCACCUCAAAAUAGACUCCUGUCUCCCAGGGCUCACCUGGGGGCGUGAAGCACAGAGCAGGCUGGCUGGGGGGCAGGGAGGGACGCUGGAGGAGGAUGCCCAGGGUCUUAGCGGAGCCGGAACAAACCUGUCUGCCCCGGGCACUUAGGGGGCAGGUGUGUGUGUUGGUGGCGGGGGUCCUGAGACACAUGAAGGAAAGGGCUGGGCGGAAGUGAUGGUGAGGGAACACGGGGCGGGGAGGCGAGGGGGGACGGACCUUGGGCUCUGUCCUCCAGACCAGGCAGCCUCCACCCAAGGCGCUGAAGAAGCGUUUCUGACUCAGAAAGUCAACUGUCCGUGUUAACGCAGGCUGUGUCCUGGACUCUGAAAUCUCUCAUUCUCCUGUCGCCUUUAGAGAAAAGGGGGAAAUGAAAAAACUCUGUGGUGGAUCUUGGGAGGGAAGAGAAAAAUAGCCCUGAGAGGCAGGGGGUGAGAGUGAGGAAGCCGGCCUUAGGAAAUGAAAGUGUGGGGAGGGAGGAGGGAGUGGAGACAUUUCAAAAGAUCCCGGAGCAGCGUGAGAGGCUGGAGGGGUGGAGAAGGGACAAGAGGUUAAGUGGGAACAGGCGAGGAAGACACUGGAGUGAUGGGUCAGGGGGCAGACAGGGCGCAGGCAGGAGGGACUCGAGGCUGGUGGGCAGGAGGGACUGGGCAGAGAAGACACGGCAGGACCAAAGACAAAAGAACAAAGGCCAAGGAGCCCUGAUAAAUGUUCCAGUGCUGAGCGAUGUGAACAAGUUACAGUAAAUAAAAGCCAAAAGUAGUGUUUGAUUUUACAGUAUUUACAAACCUCAUGCUAUAAGCGGUCUGCAGAUUGGGUCCCUUUUGUCUCAUGCUGUGGGAAGACCAGUCCCAGGGAAGAUAGAGGAAAACAACUUGAUUCUAGCCUGGGUUUUGUGCCUUGAAACACUGCUCAGGAGAGCGGUCAUAUUAAUAAAACACAAUGCCUUUGUUUUUC